UCUUCCUAGGCUCCCUCCUUUACAAAGGUGCUCAGAGAAGCAGCUCCUGAUUUUCUGUUGUGGGGUGUAUGUGCAGAAUGUGCAGGGCUUGAAAAGUAAAACUGAAUGAACAGGAGACCAUACAUUAAGGAUUGUUUGAGACAAGCCCAAGAAGAAAUAUCACAUGUUGAACAAGCUCGUGAGUGAAUUUUGGAUGAAGCCUUCAAUUUAAUUGCUUGCCAUCAUGAGCAGAAGCAAGCGUGACAGCAAUUUCUACAGUGUAGAGAUUGGGGAUUCUACAUUCACCGUACUGAAACGAUAUCAAAACUUAAAACCGAUAGGCUCAGGUGCUCAAGGAAUUGUGUGCGCAGCCUACGAUGCCAUUCUUGAGAGAAACGUUGCCAUCAAAAAGUUAAGCCGGCCAUUUCAGAAUCAAACCCAUGCUAAGCGGGCUUACAGAGAACUCGUUCUUAUGAAAUGCGUUAAUCACAAAAACAUAAUUGGCCUCUUGAAUGUGUUCACUCCACAGAAAUCCCUCGAAGAAUUUCAAGAUGUUUACAUAGUCAUGGAGCUAAUGGAUGCAAAUCUUUGCCAAGUGAUUCAAAUGGAGUUAGAUCACGAGCGAAUGUCGUACCUUCUCUAUCAGAUGCUGUGUGGGAUUAAGCACCUUCACUCUGCUGGAAUCAUACAUCGGGACUUAAAGCCCAGUAAUAUAGUAGUAAAGUCAGACUGCACUUUGAAGAUUCUUGACUUUGGACUGGCCAGAACUGCAGGAACUAGUUUUAUGAUGACACCUUAUGUAGUGACUCGUUACUACAGAGCACCCGAGGUCAUCCUAGGGAUGGGAUACAAAGAAAACGUGGAUUUAUGGUCUGUAGGGUGCAUUAUGGGAGAGAUGGUUUGCCACAAAAUCCUCUUUCCAGGAAGGGACUAUAUUGAUCAGUGGAAUAAAGUAAUCGAGCAGCUUGGUACACCGUGCCCUGAAUUCAUGAAGAAACUGCAGCCCACCGUGAGGACUUAUGUGGAGAAUAGACCUAAAUACGCUGGGUACAGCUUUGAGAAACUCUUUCCAGACGUCCUCUUCCCCGCUGACUCGGAGCAUAAUAAACUUAAAGCCAGUCAAGCCCGGGAUUUGUUAUCGAAAAUGCUGGUCAUAGAUGCAUCUAAAAGAAUCUCAGUGGACGAGGCUCUCCAGCACCCCUAUAUCAAUGUCUGGUAUGAUCCGUCUGAAGCAGAAGCUCCUCCACCAAAGAUACCUGACAAGCAGUUAGAUGAAAGGGAACAUACAAUAGAAGAGUGGAAAGAGUUGAUAUAUAAGGAAGUUAUGGACUUGGAAGAGAGAACCAAGAAUGGAGUUAUCCGGGGACAGCCUGCUGCUUUAGCACAGGUGCAGCAGUGAUCAAUGGCUCUCAGCAUCCGUCGUCAUCGUCAUCCGUCAACGAUGUGUCUUCAAUGUCAACAGAUCCCACGCUGGCCUCUGACACGGACAGCAGUCUAGAGACGUCCGCUGGCCCCCUGGGCUGCUGUAGAUGACCACUUGGUCCUCGGUUGGGUGGGUGGGCUUGGGGGGUCGUUUAGUCAUUGAUAGAACUACUUUAAAAACAAUCGAGUGGAUUUUUUUUCCGUUUGUUCGUUUCUUGGGUAAGCUUUUCGUUUGGGUUUUUUUUUGAGUGGCCUUUCCGAGAAUAAGCGUAGAACUCCUUUCGCGGUAAAGUAGGAUCCUUUUCGGUUGUCGUCGUUUCAAGUGCUGUAAUUUAAAAUGUAAGUUGUGUUGAAAAAGCAGCCGCAAAAACGUAUUGUAUUUUUUGCUGUAAUUAACUGUAAAAUGUAAACCGAAUAAUUUUGUCAUGGUUUUUCAAUUCCGCGUAUUUGCUUUACUUUUAUGCUGCUGAUCUUUUUUUACUGACUUUGUAAGAUUUGUUUUAUCAAAGCGAUUAUGUGGUGACUUGCCCCUAUCAUGAAUUAUUUAAGAUUUUUAUAGGUUUUCUGAUGCCUUUUUUUUUUUUUAAACUAGAAUUUAUUCCAGAUGUUUUGUUCAUGAUGUUAUCCUUCAGGGAUGUAUGCUCGGUCAUGGCUUUCGUCCCUGGGAAGAGCAGGGGAAAGAGCUCACUGGAGCCGGUUGAUUUUUCCAGUAGAACUACUGUACUAGAAGUGAGUUUAAACGGACAGAAAUCGGAACCCUUUCAUUCCGGCUCCUUUGCCAGCUAGUCACGACAGGUCGAGCCCUCAAGACCCUUGGCAAAGUCACUUCAUCCGAAUGGCCGUUCAAAUCCCGGAAUCCGAAAUAGCCAACCCGCCCGAAGUGGUGCAUUCUUCAAAAUGUGUGGCAUGCUAAUAGCUUACGAUCACAUAAGUCAAGAGGAUACUUCAUGAAUAAUGCAUUGCAAUGCAAAUAAACAUAUGGUUUACUUCUACUAA